GACGAACCAAGUCAAGUUUGGAGGAGCGCACGGCCACAGUGAGAGCGACGGCACCAGGGGAGACACGGAGCAUCUUCUCAUUCUGUUCCAUCUUAUUUCCCCCAUUGACUGCACUGACUGCUGUCCUGGUCUUUUUAUUUUUUUGUAAAUAAAGGGGGAUCCUUGAUUGGGCACACAGGAGGAAAGGAUGACGCCUACACUGGGGUUGACUUUGAUGUUUCUUCUGAUAGAUUUGCAGACUCAAGACUGUGUCGCAUCCAAAGCGGAGGACCGGCUCUUCAGGAAGCUUUUUAGACGGUACAACCAGUUCAUCAGACCAGUGGAGAAUGUUUCUGAUCCUGUUACCGUGGAGUUUGAGGUCUCCAUCUCGCAGCUUGUUAAAGUCGAUGAGGUGAAUCAGAUCAUGGAAACAAAUUUAUGGCUCCGACAUAUUUGGAACGAUUACAAAUUAAGAUGGACGCCAGCAGAGUUUGAUGGGAUUGAAUUCAUCCGAGUUCCCUCAAAUAAGAUUUGGAGACCUGAUAUUGUUCUCUACAACAAUGCCGUGGGUGACUUCCUGGUAGAGGAUAAGACCAAAGCGUUGCUGAAGUAUGACGGUACGAUCACCUGGGUUCCUCCUGCCAUUUUUAAAUCCUCAUGCCCAAUGGAUAUCACCUACUUCCCUUUUGACUAUCAAAACUGCUCCAUGAAGUUUGGCUCCUGGACUUAUGACAAAGCCAAGAUUGACCUUGUACUCAUUGGAUCCAAGGUAAAUCUCAAAGACUUCUGGGAAAGCGGGGAAUGGGAAAUCAUUGACGCUCCGGGCUACAAACAUGACAUCAAGUACAACUGCUGUGAGGAGAUCUACCCGGACAUCACUUACUCCUUCUACAUCCGUCGCCUGCCGCUGUUCUACACCAUCAACCUCAUCAUCCCCUGCCUCCUCAUCUCUUUCCUGACAGUGCUGGUUUUCUACCUCCCAUCUGACUGUGGAGAGAAGGUCACGCUCUGUAUCUCCGUCCUGCUCUCCCUCACUGUGUUCCUGCUCGUGAUCACAGAGACCAUCCCCUCAACAUCACUGGUCAUCCCACUCAUCGGAGAGUACCUGCUCUUCACGAUGAUCUUCGUCACACUCAGCAUUGUCAUAACCGUGUUCGUGCUGAACGUGCACUACCGCACGCCCAUGACACACACCAUGCCGUGCUGGGUGCGGUCCGUGUUCCUCAAAGUGCUGCCCAGGAUUAUGCUGAUGCGUAGGCCGAUAGAUGAGGAGGGUAAGGCCGGGUGGUUGGACGGCAGUGGGGAAGCAGGAGGAGCUGGAGGGGGAGGAGGAGGCGGAGGAGGGAAAGGACGGAGGAAGAGGAAGAACAGCUUGAUUCAGCAGGUUGGAGAAGGUUCCCUCAACUGUCUGGAGGUUGGUGGGGACAGUAAGCUCACGGCCAUGGAGGGCUGCACUGGCAAGAAAUGUCCCUGCCCCUGCCAGCAUGUGAGGGAAACCCCAGAGACACCAGAGUCUGGAAAGGUGCCUUGUCAGCUGAGUCCACAGAACAUAAACACGGUGAUGGCCUUCUCCGUGGUGUCGCCCGAGAUCAGACAGGCCAUCGAGAGCGUCAAGUACAUAGCUGAGAACAUGAGGAGCAGGAACAAGGCCAAAGAGGUAGAAGACGACUGGAAGUAUGUUGCUAUGGUCAUUGACAGAAUCUUCCUCUGGGUCUUUGUGACGGUGUGCGUCCUGGGAACCAUGGGCCUCUUCAUCCAGCCCCUUUUUGGUUUCGUCUCGUAACCGUUGUAAAACUCAGGGUUCUCAGCCACAUUGUGACAACCAACACUAAGAGAACUCUCUUUUCUCAGUCAACUUAUUACUGGAUGCAGUCCUGAGCCUUAAAGCAUCACUGGAUGUGCUGGCUUUCCUCAAUAAAAGUAUUGCAAAGUUAAAAGAAAAUUUUAAUUUCAUUUGUUGGUGUACUGCAAUAUGGUAGCGAAGAUUGUAAUGUAGUUAUUGUAUGUAUCUGAUGACUGCUUAUUUUUACCAAAGUGAUUAUCUUAAUUCUCCCCUUGUUAGGAUCAUGUAAAAUUUAGGGUGUGGUGGUUCUUUCAAUGAUGUGGUAAAUUUAGAUUUUUGGAUAGUAGAUUAAUUGCCAUACCUGCUUAAGUUCUUAAAAAAAAACACAGCCAGAAAUAACACAGCUGGGCUGAUAUUUAAUCUAGGUUGUUGUGUUUUAGUUCUAAUUUAUAUGUGAUGGACAUGCAGGUAAAUUGAUUACCAGCGUAAAAUGUGAAAAAAACUGCUGCAGAAAAACCACAGCCAUUGAAUCAGGGAAAUAAUUUGUGGAUUGUAGAAUACAUACACAGAAAAGAAGGCUGUAAUGUUUUAAUGACUUGGUCAAACAAAACAGAGCCAUGUUGCUCUCCAGUAGAGUUACAUAAAAUAACAAGGUAGUGCACCAGCAACACCACUUAGAAGUUGGGUUUUAAUGCAGGCCUCUGACACCAAUCGUGCAAAAUUGCAAUGAUUAGGCUUUCAUCUUAUAUUUUAAAUGAGAUCGGAACAUAUACCUUUAAACAAAAUGAGUGAUUUUGAUAGAUGAUUAUUCUGGUUUGGGUUCAAAUCAGCAGCACAUUCAGUGAUACUUAGGAGAUGAACAUCAACCAAUAUUUGCCAGUGAACUGGAAACUUUCAAAACAAGCACAUGACACAAACUCUCUGUGUCAUGCGCUCUCUAACCUGUCAAACUCAGCCAUGCAUCCACCAUCCAAUGAGGUACUCAACUGGAUAACUGUAACACAAGCUGCUCAAGUCUUAUUGUGAAAGGCAAUUCUAAUUUUGCAAAAUUUAUGUUCUACUUUUAAAUUUUGGGCAUUACCUGCAGGACUUUUUUUUUGUUUCUGGCUAUUUAGUUAUUUAAUUAUUUAUUUAUUUAUUUAUAGUAAUUACAAAAUAUGUCAUUACUGACGCCAUGUCUGGUUAUUGUUUUAUAAGCUAAUUGAAUGGCCUUGUAAAUGCUCAGUGAAAUUAUGCUUGAUUAGUUUCUCUUAAAAUAGCAGCCCAUUUAUGAUUCCAUCAGAGGGCUCUUAAUGCCCAAUUCCAUGGCUAAUAAUUAAACCCCUUUUUUAUGUCGCUCAGGAUUAGUCUUAUUACUGAACUCAAAAGUGUAUAAGAUGCAUGCAUGAGAAAAAUGACGAAUGCUUUCACCCCAGAGCUCGGUGAUACAGUGAGUUAAUGAUUACUGUAACUAAUAAUAACCCAUGAUUAUCUUUUCUCUAUGUGUGAAUAUGCUUGGAUUUGUACAACAGGAUGUGUGUUUCCAGUCAACUCUGCAAAAAGCACCAAAAGAGAAAAGAAAUUAAAAAGGCAAAAAGCAAUACAAUCAUUUGCCUUCGAUAAGGUAUACUGUACUCACAGGCCAUUUUAGUAGGUCCACCUUUUCAUUUGAUUACUAGAAUUAGCACAAAUAAUGCAUCAGCCAGUUACAGAGACUCAAUGUGUUUGGGGUUCUAGAUGUGGUAAAUUUGACUUGCUAAAAGGUCAGCACCCAAAUGGCGAUUAAAGGGGAUUUUAAUUACUUUGAGGGUGACAGGUCAUAAACAACUAUCUCCCAAGUUUACAGAGAAUAGUCUGGGAAAGAGAAAAUAUCAAGUAGGCGCCAUUAAUGUAGUAGAUGAACAUGAGAAACUCAGAAAAGAAAGGUCAGACUGGUUCGCAACGACAGAAAGGUAGAGGUAGCUCUGAUAACCCCUUGUAGCUACUAACGAAUGAAAACUACAGUUUCUGAAAUCACAACUCAUUGACCCUUGAGGCAGAUGGGCGCCAGCUAAGAAAAAGAAAAAUUCACACAGGCUUACUGGAAUUGGACACAAUCGAUUGGAAAAGUGUUGGCUGGUCCACUGAGUCUUACUUUCUGUUUUCAAAAGGGGGUCCAACUUGGUCCUGGCAAGGUGUACCUAAUAAAUAGGCCAGUGAGUGUGUAGAAUUACCUGUAAGUACAAAAGUUUGUCAAACCAAGUUUUGAGGAAAAAGAAGAAACGUUUUAUGUAAAAAAAAAAAUAAAUAAAGGUUAUUUUUGUAGAAAUGAAUGAAAUCUGAAAACAGUUUCUACUAAAUAAAACAUAAUGUAAUAUGAACACAGACAUGUUGACAUCUUUGUUUUGUUUUAUGACAUGAUGGACUUUUGACAUUACUGCCAUCUGGGUUUUCUUUAACUUUUCUGGAAAAGUUCAAUGUUUUAUUGUCAUCUUUCAAUAAUGCUGAUCAUGUAUUAAAGAUUUGCCGUUCUUUUUUUUU